AUGCAUAGCUGUGAUCUAAGUAACUGUAUGUCAUCAAUAAAACCUACGGCUCGACUUGUAGCUGUCUGUCAAAAAGAACAAGUGUCAUCAUUUGAUAAACGUCAAAUACCAAUCAAUAUUGAUGAAAAUCUUAUUAUGAAACUUCAAGUUGAUGAUUCAUGUAUAAAAUGUGAUCAUCAUCAUUAUUGUAAUAAAAAAGCCAAAAAAUAUGAAACUUUUAUUAUUGGAUAUAAAAAAUUAACUAUGGAUGAAUUAAAUGAUGCUCUAUGUAUACCUAAUACUCAAAUAAAAGAAUAUAUUCUUCAUAGUGUACCUUGUAUUGGUUGUCGAACAAGUAUUGAAAAUUUUAUAAAAUCAUUAAUAGAACAUCAUCAUUCAGGACUCGAACCACUUGUUAUGAAUGAAAAAGGUUCUAUAACUGUAACAAAACUUUAUAGUUCUAAUCCGGAUAAUAUUUAUACAUUAUUUUAUAUUCAUGGAUCGAAAUUAAAUUCAUUUAUUGAAAGUAUUCCAAAAUCGAAAAAGAGUCGUCGAUGUAUUAUACAUUCAUUAGAUAAAUCGAAAUCAAUUAAUGAUUGGGAAAUUGUUUGGGAUGCCAUGAAUGAAGAAUGUCGUGAUACAGUCACAUUAGUCGAAGCUGAUUGUUUACUUGAUACACUUGAAAAUUAUUUACAUAAACAUAAAUUUUGUUCGGAAUGUAAACUUAAAGUAUUAGAAGCAUAUGAUAUUUUAUUGGAUAAUACAGAUAAUAAACAUCGAGAGAAAAAAGGAUUUUGUCCAGCUUUAUAUGAAGGUUUACGAUCAUGUACCAAUGAUAAACAUAUACAUAUUGAUUCUAAUAAAAUAUUUAUUGGUAAUUUAAUUGCACGAGCUGAAUCCGAAAUUCAAGAUAGUCGACGUGAACGUCAUGCUAAAACAUUGGACAUUGCACAAGAAGAAAUUUUAACUUGUAUUGGAAUUUAUUUAUUUGAACGAUUUGACAAAAUCUAUCGUACAAUGCGAUCGGAAGAACAAACAUGGCAAUUAUUAUUUUAUAUUGCCAUUGAUUGUUUAAGAUUAAAUUUUGAAAAAGCUAUUGAUCGUAAACAAGAUUUUAGUAUGACAUUACAAAUAUUAUGUGAACAAUUUCGUGAAGUCGAUGAACAAAAAGUACAAAAAAAACAACAAAAACGCUCAAAACGUAAAGCUCGUCGUCAAAUAAAAAUGAAUGAAAAUAAUGAAAAUAAACCAAAUACAAUAAUAAAAAAAGUCGAUGAAAAAAAAAUUUUAUGUACAAAUUCUAAUGAUAAUAAACAAGAAACAGUAACUCGUCGCCGAACAAGCAGUUGUUGUUCUUGUUUAUGUCAUUAUUGUGAUGAACGAUCAAAAUCUCUAUCAAUUAGUCAUACAAUAAUACCAUCAAUAUCAUUAGUUAAAUCACAAUCAUGUCCAUCAUCAUUACUUUUUACAUCUGAAUGUGUACAAAAAUCAUCAAAUCAAGUUAUUAAUGAACAAACAAUACCAUUAUCAAGUUCACUUGAAACUCUUUUUUCAUCUGUUUCAACAAGGGAAUGUAUUUGUCAUAAUAGAAAUUUAGGUAUAAUAAAAUUAAUUUUGUUUAUUUUUUUGUCAUCGAAUAAAAUUUUAUCAUUUUCAAAAGAAAAACAACAAGUGUCGUGUGAUGAAUGUCCAACAUCAUCAUCGAUAUCAUGUAUUCGUUGUUCUAGUACACGAACUGAUCUUGGUUAUUCUUCAGGGCAAGAUGAAACUUGUUCAUAUAGUCCUUGUGAAUGUUCAUUAGCAUGUGAUGGAUGUUUAACUGAACUAUCACAUUGUUGUCCAUUGCAUGAAGAAGAUGAGAAUAGUGAUGAACAUGGUGAAUCUGUUUCACCUUGUAAUUCUGUUUUGUCCAGUGGUGUCUAUAGUCAUAAUUGUUGUGUUCAUAACACAUUAAUAGAUUCUAAAAAAACAAUUGAAUUAUGUGAUACUACUCGAAAACAUAUCCUUAAACUACAAUUAUCUCAACAAUAUCCAUUUUUUCAAAUGGAUCUGAAGCAGAUUUGGGAUGAAAAUCUACCAACGGAUAUAGAAAAUCAACUAUUUAUAUCUGAUGAUGAUCUUCGUCAAUUUUCAAUGCUCAAUAAAAAUUUUGAUAUAAAACGUUCGCAAUUACGAGAUAUUUUCAAGUUAAAAUUUCAAGCAUGGAAACAACGUCUACCAUAUAAAGCUUAA